AUGGCAGACGUCUUCGUCAAGCUCCAGGACAAGAGCCUGCUGGUCACUUCCGGCCUGGUCGCCGGCGAGUGGAAAACCGGACAGGAUGGCAAGACGUUCCCCGUCUACGAGCCCUCCAGCGCGACGGUGCUGCAGGAGUGCGCCAACCUGAGCCGACAGGACUUUGUCGACGCGAUCGAGAGCGCAAAGAAGGGAUCCGCGAAUUUCCACGAGAAUGAGGGGCGCUGCUCCGCAAGUGGUACGACCUGGUCAUCGCCAACGCCGACGAUUAACGGCAAGACUUUCGCCGAGGCCUGGGGCGAGGUGGUGUAUGCCGCAUCCUUCAUCUCGUGGUUCGCCGAGGAGGCGACGCGGUCGUACGGCGACACGAUCCCGUCGUCGUACGCCAACACGACGGUCCUGACGUUCAAGGAGCCCGUAGGCGUCUGCGGCAUCAUUACGCCGUGGAACUUCCCCGCGGCCAUGAUCACCCGCAAGAUCGCGCCCGCGUUCGCCGCCGGGUGCUCCGUCAUCGUCAAGCCGCCGAGCGAGACGCCCUUCAGCGCGCUGGCGCUCGCCAAGCUGGCCCUGGCCGCGGGCAUUCCGUCCGACAUCAUCCACGUGGUGCCGACCAAGGACAGGGAGGCGUCUAUGGAGCUGGCCAACAACCCCAUCGUGAAGAAGCUUAGCUUCACCGGCUCGACGGGCGUCGGCAAGAUGCUUACCAAGGCCGCUGCCGGCACCAUGAAGCGCGUGAGCAUGGAGUUGGGGGGUAAUGCGCCGUUCAUCGUGUUUGACGAUGCAGACAUUGACCAGGCCGUCGAGGGCGCGUUGAUCUGCAAGUUCAGAUGCUCCGGUCAGACUUGCGUGUGCGCCAACAGACUACUGGUCCAUGAGAAGGUUCAAGAAGAGUUCAUCGAAAAGCUCGUCAAGCGCGUCAAGCAAUACAAGCUCGGCCGAGGCAUCGACGAGGGCACCACCCAGGGACCCCUGGUCAACGCCGCCGCCGUCAAGAAGGUCGACGCCCACGUCCGAGACGCGCUCAAGAAGGGCGCCGUCCUCCACACGGGCGGCAAGGCGCCCGAGGGCCUCGAGGGGUACUUCUAUGAGCCGACGGUCAUCAGCGGGGUCACCGCGGAGAUGGAGGUCGCGCACGACGAGACGUUCGGUCCGCUCGCGGCCAUCUUCUCCUUCAAGACCGAGGCCGAGGCGGUCGAGCUAGCCAACGCCACCGAGUACGGCCUCGCCGGGUACUUCUUCAGCAAGGACAUCUCCCGCGUCAUGCGCGUGGCGAGGCGGCUGGAGUGCGGUAUGCUGGGGGUCAACACGGGCCUCAUCAGCGCCGCCGAGGCCCCGUUCGGCGGCGUCAAGGAGAGCGGGUUGGGCCGCGAGGGCAGCAAGUACGGCCUGGCGGAGUACCAGAACAUCAAGUCAGUCACCAUCGGCAACCUUGGCUUUCACUGAAGUGUGACGUCGUUCGGGUGGUCUGAAGGGGAGAAGGGAAGCGAGUCAAACGAUUGUUUACGGGUUCGGCGUUUUCUUGAGCGGGCAGGCAAUCAAAAGACAGGGUAAUCAAAAGGAAAAGGGAACAAAACACUCAAUGGUUUCUAAAAGUCAAG